AUGCCCAUGACCACGGAGGUGCAGCAGGCCAUCACCCAGAUAAAGAAGGAUGUCCAGAUCCCCAUAAAUACGAAAUGGUUGCAGAUCUGCAACCACUUGAUGCAAGCAGGGCUCUUGUACCAGCUGCAGGUGGUUCCCAGCUCCAUGCCCAGAUCGAGUUGGCCACCGAUGCAGACAAGCGCCAGCCAGAUCAAGGCCAAUGUGGAGCUCUGCGAGGCCAGCGGAGGCCAGCUAGCCAGACCUACAGGGCAGGAAAGGUACCUGAGCCUGGGCAGCUCCCACUUGACCCAGUUUUGCAAGGCCGUCGAGAACAACGCCAAGACCAGCCACUCAGAGCUGUCCAAGCUUUGCCAAGGGGUGCUGAGCCUCGAUGCUUGCACCCAG